GUGAGUUUCGGGUUUGUUCCUCCUGCAGCAGCUAGCUGGUGUGACGGUACACCUGCUCCGGUCAGGAAGCAACAGACGGGAACUCAUCAGCCGAGACCAGAGAGUCCAGGUCCCAAUGUCUUCGGGGGGAGCUGGUUCUGUCACCAGGUUUGACCGGGUGAGGGAAAUGCCAUAUUACGAUCAGGUUCCAGUAGACUCCUUAUGGCAGGACCCUAACAUGCCCCCACCCCCACCUCCUCAACCCUCUCAUGGGACAGUGCCAGCAGUCAGCUUAGACCCCCUCCCACCUCCUCCCCUGCCAAGCCAGGCACCUGUGGGGCCCGAGUCCUUUUACCCCCCUAGCGACGAUGAGCCAGUGGAGCCCGACAGCGACGUGAUGGACAUUAAACCAGUCCAUCGCUUCAUCCCCGACUCUGUCAAGAACUUCUUCCGACGCAACAGCAGUAACCGGGGCAGCAAAGGUUGGCCCAUCUCCUCUCCCACCCCCUCGUCCAAAAAACCCACCAGCUGCCAUACCACAGCUGGAGUUCCCUGCUCGCCCCCUCACUCUGCACCUCCAUCUCCUUCACUUCCUGGUUCGUAUCGCGACCCGUACGGGGGCUCUGGAGCCAGCCACAUCACUCAGAAGGAGCGGGAUGGACUGUUGCUGGGGGCUGAAGCUAUGGACUUGGCUUCUGCGGUUCCCAGUAACACGUCCACCCAGACCUACCAGGAGAAGGUGGAGGAGUACCAUCAGCGCUACUCAUACAUGAAGUCCUGGGCCGGCCUGCUGAGGAUCUUGGGUUUUGUACAGUUGCUACUUGGAGCUGCUGUGUUCGCCUGCGUCUGUGCUUAUGUUCACAAGGACAACGAGUGGUUCAACAUGUUUGGAUACUCACAGCCACAGAUGUAUGGAGGGUUUGGUGGCAUCUAUGGGGGCAGUCCCUACACAGGCCCCAAGACACCCUUUGUUCUGGUGGUGGCUGGCAUCGCGUGGAUAGUGACUGUUAUUCUGGUGGUUCUUGGGAUGACCCUUUACUACAGAGCCAUCCUUCUGGACUCCUCGUGGUGGCCCCUCACAGAGUGCUCCAUCAACCUGGUGCUAGCGGUGCUCUAUUUGGCAGCGGGGAUCGUGUACGUGAGAGACACCGUCCGAGGAGGACUGUGCUACACGCCCGUCUUCAACAAUGGAGUAAACGGUUCGUUCUGUCGUACCGAGGCUGGCCAGAACGCAGCCAUAGUCUUCCUCUUCCUCAACAUGGUGCUGUACUUCAUUAGUGCAGGAGUUUGUCUGAAGCUGUGGAGGCACGAAGCAGCCAGGAUGAGGAGGGAGGCACUCACACAGGAGAUGAAAACCAUGGGGUCAUCAGUCCCACUGCCUUUACUGGAGUCAUCUUCUAGGGCCUCAGACCGGACACCCCUACCCACCAUUCAGCCGGACAUAAUGAACGCAUCACACUUCCCCACGGCUGCUGCUCUCGUCCCGCCUGAGCCAGAGAUCCUCAGAGGCCACAUCCCAGCGGGACACAUCCCGAAGCCCGUCGUUAUAGCUGAUUAUGUUGCGAAGUACCCGAAACUCCAAUCAGAUGAGGAGAGGGACCAGUACAAGGCUGUGUUCAAUGACCAGUAUGCUGAGUACCAGGAGCUGCAUGCUGAGGUCCAGGCCAUGGCCAGGAAGUUUGAAGAAAUGGAUGAGAUGAUGCAGAACCUCCUCUCCAGACCCUCCAGCCAAAUGGAGAAAGAACGAAUCAACAGCAUUUUAAUGGAAUAUCAAAAGAAGAAAUCUGACCCAACAUAUCUGGAGAAGAGGGACCGUUGUGAGUACCUAAAAAACAAGCUGUCCCACAUAAAACAGAAGAUCCAGGAGUACAGCGAGACCAUGGACUUUUUAUUUGAUGCCUUACAACGCAGGCCAGCACUAACCCUGCUGGUCCGUGGGCAGUCGGGUCGGUGUGGGUCUGAAAGGUUCCAGCAGCAGAAGAAGCAGCAUCCUGAGGCAUUGGACCUAUCGAGAUGUCUCAGUGAGGACGCGCAUCAGAGCAGUGUGAAGUGGUUAUGCACCAGGAGAUUAGACCAUUCAUCUUCAGCAGUGGAUCUGGCCUCUGAUGACAUCAUCUGUUUAGAGCUUCAUCAGGUUAAAUCAGACCUGGUGCUGAUCCCAUGGAUUAGACCACGUCGGCACGCAGACGGUCCACCUGCUGCAGGAGGGGAUCCAACUCCUGGGUGUUUCCGUUAUGUGCCGAAUUUUGUAUCCAGGUCCCACCCAACUGACCUGGGACCUAAGGUGAAAAUUCACAGACAUUCACCUUUGGCAGAAAUGUGCCAGUUUGAAUCCAAAAUGGAUGCCAGCCUUUCUAGUGAGCGGUGUCUGAACGGGACCAGCUGCAGCGGAUCCAUCAUCAGCCACUGCUGGAUUAAAAGGAGGAGGGAGACCACCGCUCAACGCCGGUUGAUUACUCCACACGGCUGCUGCUCAACUUCACACCUUCAGCCAUACUCCUGGACCUCACUUCAGCCUGCAUCUUCCUUCCCUCAGUCCGUUCACCACCGUUCAUCCACCCCUGCCUGGAACCCUUAUCUCGACCCCACUGGACACAGACCUAACAGACCUCCCCACGUACCAUCUUCCCACUCCUCCACCUUCAAACCACCAGACCUCUUACUAAUCCAAACUCUACUUGGAGGUGAAUCCGGUGCAACCUGUAGGGCGGGUCACGUGACGUGCCUGCGCCCUCUUCUUCUCUCUGGGCGUGCGUCGUGUGGCGCAGAUGAGCUGUUCUUGUCCGUGGGACGCGGCAUCAUCAUCAUCAUCACAGUUCCGUCUUCGUUUGUGUCUGCUGACGAGUGUAAGCACACCGUGAAACAAACGGUGUUGCAGAGACGAAGUGGAUUAGGGUGGAAGAAGGUGUUAAACAACAUUAUAAAACCCCAAAAGGAUGAGGAAUAUACAGGGCAAUCGGGGCAAGGCCAAAACAUCGAGGGGAAGUACCUUGGCAUUGAGAAACACCCCCUAAACAUCACAGAAACACCGCAGCUCUUUAGUGUCUGCUGCUUCCCAUUUGAGUCACCCAACCACAUGUUUCUUGCUGAUAGUUUGCUGGCUGAAUGGGGGAAAAGUGUUAACCAUAACACAGCUUGGUCAUUUGGCUCUGUUUACAAAGGCGGACUCGCAGAUCUUGGGCCGCCGUGGACCACCGAAGCCCGAUAUCCUAGGUAUGAUUUCACUAUUAAGCUGGCCGGAGGUGCCUUCACUUUGGAGUUGCUCUACUGCGUCUUUCUGGCUGAAUAUGCCCAGAAAAUCCCUGUCAGCUUUGGUCAGCUCAGCACGAGACGGACCACAGGCCUGAAAAAACGUUGUCGGCUCCACCCGGACAACACCAAUGAGAACACAGUUAGUCAAACUUCACACUGGAUGCAUCAGCGGGACAGAAUGGCUCUGCUUCAUGCUAGUGUAGGGGGGUGCAUUAAAGCAGCCACGAUACAGACGGGUUCAAGUGCGUCCCAGAAGCAGAGCCCCGCGCUGCUUAAGAUAGCAUCAGACCGGUCUAGCGGUGCUGCAGUUUCUCCUAUGGACUUCGGUGCCUUGGAGUCCACAUACUGCAACACAUUACGGAUCUACCCCUGGGGUCUCCGAAAGAAAGGCCACAUCAGCAGACACCGGCACAGUGAACUCAUGUCCAACCCAGCCGUUUCCUACUACCAUACAGACAAGAUGCUACACUUCUAUCGUUGGACUUCACCACCAGGUGUGAUGAAGAUAAUGUCUAUUAUCAUCAUCAUCAUGUGCGUGGCAGUGUUUGCCUGUGUGGCCUCAACUCUGGCAUGGGACUAUGACAUGAGCAUGAUGGGUGGAACUGGCUUAAUGCCUGGUUAUGGCGCCUCUGGCAGCUUAUAUGGCAACUCCUAUGGCAGCUCCUACGGCGGCUACGGCGGCACCUAUGGCGGCUACGGCAGCGGGAUUGGUGGUAGUUACGGAUAUGGAGGAACACAAGUCGAUCCCGUUUCAGGCAAAGGCUUCCUCAUCGCCAUAGCUGCCAUCACCUUCAUCGCUGUACUUGUCGUCUUUAUCUUGGUAGUUUCGAAGCAAAGCGCUGCACAUUCACAGAAGUUUUACCUGGGGACCAUCAUCAUCUGUGCCAUCUUGGCGUUACUAAUGCUCAUUGCCGCCAUUGUGUAUCUUGUGGCGGUGAACCCAACGGCACAAACCUCAGGAUCCAUGAUGUAUAACCAAAUGAUCCAGUUGUGUGCACAGUACCAGAACCAGAACCAAGCCCAGGGUCUGUUCAUCAACCAGUACCUCUACCAUUACUGUGUGGUCGACCCCCAAGAGGCUGUGGCAAUCGUCCUGAGCUUCCUGGUGUGUGUUGCUCUCAUCAUCUUACUGGUGUUUGCUGUCAAGACUCGCUCACUGAUCUGCCGUUGGGGCCCUGAACGAAUUCUUUGGGAGGAAGUAAAAGUCAUCAAUGCUGGUCCUCAGAACAGUGUGGGAGAAUGGGUGAACAACGUGUCUGGUGACCCAGAGGUGCUGGUUCAUGACGGUAAUGAAAACGUUGGGGGUUCAAGAGACUUUCUGGACCAGGCACACUUCAACAAGCCUCUGUACCUGCCAGGGGACUCGGACAUAAGCAGCUUCGUGGGAGGUGUGAACUCCAAGCUUAAGGACUAUGAUACUGGAGUGGAGUCUGGAGAUGAUUUGGAUGAAAAUGAUUUCAGUGUUUUGUUUCCACCCAUCGUGGACGAGCAGGAGCGUCUGGCCUACAAACGGGAGUUUGACCAGGAACACGUCGAGUACAAGAACCUGCAAGCCGAACUGGACGCAAUCAACCAGGACCUGGCUGAAGCAGACCGAGAACUGGACCGGCACUCUGAGGGCAGUCCCCAGUUCCUGGAUGCUUUGAAUGAAUACACAGAACUGAAAAAUCUCAAGAAGACCCCAGACUACCAGAGUAAGAAGAGGCGGUGUAAACAUCUCCGAUCCAAACUGUCUCACAUCAAGAGAAUGAUCAGUGAUUAUGACCGCCGCCCUUAAACCUCGGACCUUCUUCACAACACUAAAUAUUUUAUUGCCUUUUAGUUGUAUUUUUUUGUUAAUUCAGUCAUAAGAAUUUUUUACACAAUGAAGGAAGUGAAUGGAGACUGAGUUUUUUUAUUUACUGCAGUCACUGAUCAGGUUUAGUUGAACGAUCAUAGAUUUGUUUAUAUUGAGAAUCUAUAGAAUGACUUAUUUCUGUGAUUUACUUUUAAAAAUAAUGUGUCUCGUUGCUUUUAUGAGAAGCUUUUAUCUUUUAGUUGAUUUAGCCAAAUAGCCAUUGGAAACAAACUGUUCAUCUAUCUGGUAAUGUCUAUAUCUAGCUCUACUGUGGCUCUGCAAGACGGUUAAUUGGGACUUACACAGUAUUUUGUUUAGAACUUAUGAUGGACUGUAAGUCUGUAUUGUAGUCUGUGUCGGGGCAGCUUGAGUGAAACUGAUUAUUGGUGCGGUUGCUGUGAUGUGAUUUUAAAUGCAAUCAAUGAAUCCUGUAGCUUAAUUUAGAGAUGGUCAUUUGGGUUUUUCUCUCUAUUCAUGAACAAAACUUUUGUGCAGUUACAAUUGUAUAUUGGUUUGAGUCCAAUUAUAGGACGAGUCAAAUAAAAUAAUAAACAUGG